AUGGGAUUUUUGGCCCACAUCACCAAUCUGUGUGAAAUCGACCUAACACUCAAGGAACUUGAUUAUGCGUUCGAUGUCCUGGGAGCAGCCGGAGUCGCAUUAGGAACAAGCUACCACAAGUCUGGGACAGUCUACUACCUUGGAGACGCGCUGUUCACCCCAAUCUGGGAUGCCUUAAGUACGAGAAAAGCCGUCGUUUUGGUGCAUCCAGUGCCUUCGCCUGGCAUGGGUACUAUCAACGAAAACCUUCCCCAACCGGCGUACGACUUUCCCCAUGAAACCGGACGAGCAGCGAUAGACCUCAUCAGCAAUAGCAGUAACAUGAUGCGGGACCACGCCAUGGAUUGCAAAAUUAUCCUAAGCCAUGCAGGUGGCGAUUUGCCCUUCCUAAUUGACCGAGUUGCAGGCUUGAUGUGUCACGGUCCUCAAGUUCUCAGACUUGGAAAGUCUUCGGAUGAUAUCCUGGCAGAAGCACGUCGGUUUUACUAUGAUGCUGCUCUGAGCAGCAGUCCGAUGCAAAUGUCCGCUUUGCUAUCUUUGUUAGGUCAUGAUUACCAAGACCAUAUCCUGCUCGGCACAGACUAUCCUCCUGCAGGGAUGGAGGCGAUCGAGUAUUUCUCAAGACAAUUAUGUGACAGUCAAGUGGUGGACGUCACUCGUGUCAGACACAAUGCUUUGGCGCUGUUACCUCAGUUCGGGAAGAAAUAG